UUAUUAUCUUAUUAUAGUUAUCUAACCUAUACUGAUAGUUAGAGAACUAAACCGAUAUCGUUAUCGCAUGGUAAUUUCUAGUAUUCUACUAAAUAUUAUAUUCAAUUUUUCCAGUUUUCAUCAUUUAUUUUUUAUUUGUAACUGCUAAAUAAGAAUUGACGAAUCUAGGUUGAUAUUCGUAUAAUUCUUAACAAACUAGUCAUUUGGGAUAAUUGAAAUAACUAGUAGUUUGGUACAGUUGAAACGCCGAACAUCUAAAAAUUUAUGGUUAUUCUUUUUUUUUGAAUGAAAAACCGAUUGGUAUCGAGUUCACACAUCCGCCAUUGUUUCUAACAUUUUUUUUUGCAUAGAGUAUUGUAACCAAGUGAUUGAAUAGCUGUAGUUGUGCAUGCGGCUUUAAUGAAUGUAUAAAUUGUAAAUAUAAUGUUUAAACAUACAUAUAUGAACAGGUGUCAGUCCUAGAUUCGUCAAUUCUUGUCAGACUGGCUUUUUUGCAGAGGUAUACUUCUAACAUUUACGCAACAUCGUUUGGCAGACGCAGUAAAAGAUAAUGGCUUAGAGGGCAGAUUUAGCAUCCUCAGAUAGAUUAUAGGACAUUCAUCAUUCUUAUUUUGUUGCUGUAAUUUUGUUCUGAAUGUCUAUUAAGGUUUAUGGAUAUGUCUCUUUUAAGUUAUACUUAAAAACUAAAAAUAUAUUUGUAGUUGAUUUAAUUAUUUUUCUUCUACCUUAGCUCUGAAAGAUGAUUUGUGGAGCUAUUAAAAAGUAUACCUCUUUGCUCUUAUUUCUUGUGCCAAUUGCAUUAUUUCUCUGUUUAAAACGGAUUAAAGAAAAUAAAAUUAUAGAAGAUCUAUUCGUCAAAGAAAAACUUAUACCAAAGUAUCUUGUUAAGGAGAUUGACUGUUCCAGGAUUUUUAAUAAAGAUUACCACUAUAUUGAUCAUUUGAUUUCGUUAGAGAAAGAAUCAAAUUUAUCUUUUAAACAGAAGAGCGAUAGUGAAUAUGCAGAAGUUGAAAGUAACUGUGAAAAUUAUAGGAAAUCCUUUGUUACUGAUUAUCUAAGUUAUGAAGAGGCGAGUUUCCCUAUUGCAUUUCAAAUUGUUAUGUAUAAGGAUGUUGCUCAAUUAGAGAUCUUAUUAAAGGAAAUAUAUAGACCCCAGAAUGAAUACUGCAUCCAUGUUGAUAGGAAAUCUAACAUUGACAUUCAAUACGGUGUAAGAUCUAUUGCGAAAUGCUUUAGUAACAUUGAAGUCAUUGAUCCCAUUGAUUCUGUUGAUGUACGUUGGUCUAAAUUCACUAAUUUGGAGCCAGAAAUAAUAUGUGCUAGAAACUUAUGGAAAAGAAAAACCAAAUGGAAAUAUCUUAUAAACUUGACAGGUCAAGAAUUUCCUCUUCAAACUAUGUACGAUAUUGUUCAAAUUCUCAAAGCUUUUAAUGGUUCAAAUAGUAUACAAGGAACAGUUAAAGGUAUUAUUAAGAGUAGGUUCGAAGGGGUGAAAGAUUUUGGCCGAAAUGUAGUUGUCAUGAAGGGAGCAGUACAUAUUAUUGCUCAAAGAGGAUAUAUCGAUUAUAUUCUUCAUAAUAAAACUGCUAUCGAUUUCCUCUCAUGGGUUAGGCAAGUUAAACAUCCAGAUGAAACAUAUUUCGCUAGUUUAAAUCAUAGUCCGAAACUUAAAGUUCCUGGUUCGUAUCUGGGAAAAGUCGAUAGUUCAGACUAUCCUUUUUUGACGAGAUACAAAAACUGGAAGCAGAAUGGUGAAUAUUGCUAUGGAAAGAGAGUGCGUUCAAUAUGUAUAUUUGGCAUGAAGGAUAUUCCAGCUCUUAGUACCCUAGAUUAUAUAUUUGCUAAUAAAUUUCAUAUAAAUUAUCAACCUUAUGCUCUACAAUGCAUGGCCGAACUUAUAAGAAAUAGAACUAUUUACCAACAUAUUGGAUUGAGAAAAUUUGAUGUUCAACUAUAUAAAAAUCUCGAUAUGUCUCAUAAUCAUUAUGGACCAAACGUAUAAUGAGGAUGGCUUGCACACUAAUCAAAUCUAUUGAACAUUUCCAACAUUUUAUCAUUAUGUACUUGUCUAAUUCUUUCAUCAAUUCUCUUUUCGUAAGGUGUAUUUUUAAAAAUUCUACUUUUAGCUUCAACGUCAUUCUUAUAUACUUUAUAAAGGAUUUUACUGUAUAUGGUAAAUCCUCAUUUUUAGUUCAAUACG